AUGCCCUGGACCAAACUCGGAACUCUCAAGGUCUGUCUCUUCGAAGACCCUGACGGGGUACGGUAUAUCCUCCAGCCAAAGUUCACACAUCUUCCCCGAGUCUCGACGUCGAAGCCGCCCGGCGCAGGCAACUAUCAACCCGACAUGUACUGGCUCUUGGCGGGUCAAGCUCUCCGCUAUACCGGCUUCGAGGUUGUCGUUGAUGGCGAGACAGAGGCGGCGUGGGUUCUUUUCGAUCAUGAGGCGGCUCGCUCGUAUAAUGCCUUUCUCGAGAUCCAGAACGGGCAGCGGCGCUUCGCAGACGACCAAGAUGUUGAAGAUUUCGUGGUUGAUCUCGUGGACCCCGGUCAGCUGUUCUCGGGUCUGCUGGCCGGUGGCGAAGGAGAAGGGCUUGUGUUUGACGCUGCUCGCAUCAUAGCCUCGUACCGGCAACUGGCAAAAGGCAUUGCGUGGGCUCAUGUGACCGACAUGAUACAGACCUCCCGCUGCAAGAUCCUGCCUGAAAUCCAGCAAGCCUACGAAGCAGCGCCAACAUCGGAAUCGGACGCGCCAGCCAUCCCAGAUGAGAUGGGCUAG